AUGGUGAAGGAUAAGCAGACUGUUAUAGAGGAAUUCAACGACCUCGUCAACAUGUCGGCUUCGGACCUCGAGACUUGGCUUAAAGGGGAGUCAUCGGAGUCAGCGGGCUGGAGCAAGGAUGACGGCUCAGGGGAGACGGUUGGGCACGAGAGCGGGCGAAAGAUUAUCGAGAUCCUGGAGAAGAAUUCGGACAAGGACCCGGGUAAAUACGAGCAAAGCGAUAUCGACCACAUGCGUCGCGUCGUCGCGUAUUGUAAACGACACCUCGCGCAGGAGGACAAGGCAAAGCAGAACCCGGAUAGUAAGAGCGCGAGGAGCUUGAAGAAUUGGGGGCACGAUCCUGCGAAAGAAUAG